ACGAACGUAUACCGAACGCUUUGUAUAUCCUGUAAAUUAUUUCCUGUGUGUGCGAUUGAUCUCGUCUGCCUGACAUUGAUAUUAAAACAGAAGACGUCUGGGGGCACAAAACUCGUUGUAGUACUCGCAUGACAGGAAUAUUUAUAAUUUCCGCUGCCAGCAGACACAACAGAAAAGAAAGAAUAAUUUGCGAUUACUGGCAGGCAGAAGGCGAAGAAAAUCCCUGAAACGAUAUUACAAGCCAAGUGCGCUUGAGUUCGUGUAUUUCCGGUUGAACAAACACAUAAGCGAAACAUAAAAGAAAGGCGAAAAAAAACGAAAAUACACAUAUACCUACCCAUAUUUAUACCAAUAAAUAUAUACGUACCCAGAGCCAGCACAUGAAAAGUGAAAAUACAUAAAGGCGAGGCGGUGCGAGGCAAGAGCAUAUUUCAUAAGUUUGCGCUCCGUACAUAUACUAUAUAUAUAGAAAACAGAAAACAGAGGCGAGAGCCAAAGCCAGAGCCAGAGAAAGCUGGCGACAAAGGCUAACGCACGACCUUUGGCAUCGAGUUCAGCUCCUGCUGCUGACCCCCCAGCAAAUCAAUAGAGACAAAGCAACUGAGCAUCUGAGCAUCUGAGCAAACGAGCAACUGCAUCGCUAGCCUAGUUCCUAGGUUCAAAAUUCACUCGCAAAUAAUGCUGACCAUGUCGACCCUGAUGAUGCCAGCACCGACCAUAGCCAUGGGUGCCCCGCAGAUCACAAUGGGGCCGCAUAAGCCGCCGGAAACGAAGCUGCUGGCCAUCCAUCCCGCAGCAGCGGCCGCAGCAGCCGCCCAGCAACAGCAGCAGCAACAGCAGCAGCAAUCGGUGACAGCUGCCCAUUUGCAGCACAAUGGCCAGCAGCAACACUCGCAGCAGCAGCAGCAACAGCAGCAACAGCAAAUGUCGCAACAGCAGCAGCUCGUGGGCAGCAACUCCAAGCCAGAACAGUUUCACAUUUUUGUGGGCGACCUGAGUGCCGAAAUCGAGACGCAACAGUUGAAAGAUGCAUUCACCCCAUUCGGAGAAAUAUCAGACUGCAGAGUUGUCCGUGACCCGCAGACGUUGAAAUCAAAGGGCUAUGGCUUUGUCAGCUUUGUCAAGAAAUCGGAGGCGGAAACCGCCAUCACCGCAAUGAACGGGCAAUGGCUGGGCUCGCGCUCGAUACGCACAAAUUGGGCCACACGAAAGCCGCCGGCAACCAAGGCAGACAUGAACGCCAAGCCGCUGACCUUUGACGAGGUCUACAAUCAGAGCAGCCCCACCAAUUGCACGGUCUACUGUGGCGGCAUCAACGGAGCCCUAUCCGGCUUCCUCAACGAGGAGAUACUGCAGAAGACCUUCUCGCCCUACGGCACAAUACAGGAGAUACGGGUCUUUAAGGACAAGGGAUAUGCAUUUGUGCGCUUCUCCACCAAGGAGGCGGCCACCCACGCCAUCGUGGCUGUCAACAACACGGAGAUCAACCAGCAGCCGGUGAAGUGUGCGUGGGGCAAGGAGAGUGGCGAUCCCAACCACAUGUCGGCCAUUGCCGGCGGGGCCUUGGCCCAGGGAUUUCCCUUCGGCUCAGCGGCAGCGGCGGCCGCAGCGGCCGCUUACGGACAGCAGGUGGCCGGAUACUGGUACCCGCCGGCACCCACAUAUCCGGCGGCAGCCCCCGCCAGCGCCCUCCAGCCGGGCCAGUUUCUGCAGGGCAUGCAGGGAUUCACCUACGGUCAAUUCGCCGGCUACCAGCAGGCGGGAUAUAUGGGAAUGGGCGUCCAGCUGCCGGGCACCUGGCAGAGCGUGCCGCCCCAGCCGCAGCUGGCCAGUGCAGCGGGGGCCACCGCUCCGCAGAUCACCCAGAGCGUGGGCAGCGCAUUGCCUCAGGCGGCCGGAGUGGUGGCCUAUCCGAUGCAACAGUUCCAGGUCAGUCCGCAGCUGGCGGAGGACGAGUGGCUGGCGCCCAGUCUGCUCGUGUAGCUGCCAUGAGGGAUGGCCAUGUAUCCCACACAGCAGCAGCAACAGCAACAGCAGCAGCAGCAGCAGCUGCAGCAGCAACAUGAGC